GUAUUGUUGACAGGUACUUGCUAUUAUAAAAAAAACAUAAAUUAAUUAAUUUUAUAAUUGUGUUAUACGUCCAUAGAUCAUAGCCUCAGAACGGCCUCAUAGUAGCUGAAUAAAAAGUUUAUAAAGUGAAAAACUAGCUAAGAAUUUCAAUUAAAAUGGAUGAUUAUAACUGCGAUACCGUGAUUAAAAUAGAGGAAGAAAAUGCAGAUUUAAAAGAUCAAUUUCCCGGAAUCUUAGUGAAAGAAACAAAACCAAAAGUCCUUGAAAAAUCAAACAAGAGUUGUCCAACGACCAACAACAUUUCUCAAAAGAAUAUUGACGGGGAUGCUUAUAAACUAAUUGAAACAGGAGACGAGCCAAGAAUCAAAAUUGAAAUUGGUGAGACCGAUGAUUAUUACUACAAAUCCAUAUUUGAAAUAGUAAAAGAUAAUGAGCAAUUGAAUAUACCAGAAAAAACAAUCUACGGGAAUGUAUACGAUGUUACUGAAAAGAAAAUUAAAGUUGAAAUUAUAGACGAAACUGAUGAUUAUCACGGUUCUGUUAACAAAAUAGAUGAAGAAAAUGAAGAUAUGAAAGAAAACUCUACCGAAGCUUUAGUGAUAAAACCUAGUCCAACUUGCUUUGAAAAAUCCUAUAAUAGUGGCGAGACUGUCCAAAAUGACGGGAUUUCAUACAAUGUAGGAAAAAUGUGCAACGAAUCGAUAGUCAAAGUAGAAAUUGACCUAGUGGAUGGCAAUUAUUAUGAGUCCUUGAUAGAAAUCGAAGAAAAUGUAAAUUUAGAUGUGCAAACAACAAACAACGAUGUGGACGAGGUACUAUCAUUUGUCUGUCAUAUAUGUAAUAAGGCAUUUGCGACCAAAAUGAAAAUGACCGAGCAUAUUAGUCAUUCACAUAGUGCACACUCAACAAACCAGAAAAGCAAUGGAAAACAAGACGUCGAAAAGAAUUUCAUUAUCAAUCAUACGGCUCAUGAAGUAACUAACGGAUACACCGGAAACAUCAGACCACCCUACAAAUGUAAUGUGUGUUCCGAGGAUUUUCCAGAUAAAUCCACUUUCUCGCUACACGAACGCGUGCAUACUGGUAAAAAGCACUACAAAUGUCCGGUGUGCUUAAAAUUAUUUACUCCAAAAUACUUCUUUGAACGACACAAUCGCGAGCACACUGGUGUAAAGCCUUAUAAAUGUAAUGUGUGUUCAGAGUCAUUUUCUCAAAAAUACCUUUUUGAACGACACAAUCGCGUGCACGCUGGCGAAAAGCGUUAUAAAUGUAAUUUGUGCUCGAAGUCGUUUUCUAAAAAACCUUUGCUUACACUACACGAACGCGUGCACACAGGCGAAAAACCCUACAACUGUUCUGUGUGCUUUAGAACAUUUGCUCUUAAAGGCAACCUCACAAUACACUCACGAGUACACACCGGUGAAAAACCCUACAAAUGCCACGUGUGCUCAAAAUCUUUUUCUCAAAAACCCAACCUCACGAUACACCAACGCGUGCACACUGGAGAAAAGCCCUACAGAUGUAACGUGUGCCUGAGGUCAUUUUCUGUAACAUCGAACCUCAAAAAACACAAAUGUCCACAAAAACAAUUAUGAAAAUCUCAGUCGAUAAUUUAUACAAAACCUAAUCAAUUAUUAUUUAAAUAUUAAUUAAGUU